AUGGCGACCUCUGGGGAAGAUGCGGAAACUCAGGAACUAAACCUCAUCUUGAAGUCCUUGGGAGAGGGAAGUGAAGAAGAUGGAAUCAUCAGGAAGGCCUGGAAGGAACAUAUAGAAAAUUGUUGUUUGCUGGUGUCGCUGCAUCAGGACGGUGGGAGGCGUUUUGGGCUAAGGUUUGAAAAGGAACUCGCUUGUACGUUACGACUUUAUGGAAGUUCCGCCGAAGAUUUGAAGAGCUCUAUGUCAGCCGAUGAUAUUGGAGAUUAUGAUAUUAUGGUCAUUCCCUCAUCUGAAGAUCUGUUGAUCGACGAUGAAAUGAUCGAAUAUUUGCCUCAGCACCCUCUGCACGUUAGAGUCAAAGGACGGGAUCACACCUUAUUGCAGUCCUGCCUUGUGGAGGACACUCCAUACGUCACCACUUCAGCCAUAAAGGAGUUCCAUCCCUUAAUUUACGGCAGAGGAGCGUCAGUUCUUAUUAAGAUGAUGCCUCGUUAUGCUCAGGCUGUACAUAGAAAAACUUUUUGGUGCAGAGACUCCAACAUUGGUGAGUGGGAAAACAAAGAGGACGGGCCAGCUCUUCAGAUGGACCUUAACCAUUCAUAUUCUAUAACAGAAUUGGUGGAAAGCCUGACCAACAAACACUCCUUCCCUAAUUUUGGCUUCGCAGAUUUUGAAUACUUAUUUUUUUUGACAAGUCUAAUGCUUGGCAUUGAAUACACUAAAGAUAAAGCUGAAGGGAGUGAGGAACUGGUUAAAUUAAUAAUAAAUGAUUAUAAGAUGGCGUGGCAAAGUAACGACUCCCAACAAGAAGCAAUUCAGGCAAUGCUAAUUGGUACGAUGAUGAGGAAACUAAGUGAUGAGGAAAGUGGUGAGGAAAGUGAUGAGGAAAGUGAUGAGGAAAGUGAUGAGGAAAUUGUGACACGAAAAGACUGUCACAGAAGCGAAACAGGAAGUGAGAAGGAAAAGGUCUCUCAAGACACAUUGCCAUCCAAUAGUGGGUCAUUUCUCACUCCAGAAAAUGCUCAUGGAAGUCAAAAAAUUGCUGAAGACUUAAAACCCACUGCAAGUCAAUUACCAAUGAGAGGGUCAUCAGAACUGAGCCACAAACAGUCCUCACAACACUCCAUGUCAAAGGAAGUGAGUGAAACAGAUCUAAACAAGGAGAAAGAAAAGGGAAAGAAGGAAGGCCCAAAUGACAGUGAGAGUGAAGCUGACAUGUCAGAAGAACAGCCCUUAGCAGAAGAAGGUGAGCCAUGUUACCUCGAUUAUGAUGUCCUUAUGGAACACCUGAUUGGACCUGUUAGUGAAGUACAAAAAGAAACAGAUGCAAAAGAAACUGUGCCAACCAUCAAGGGUGGAGUAGAUAUGGUUCCUUCCCUCAGAUGCCCUGGAUGGCCGCAGGUUGCAUGGGAUUGGGUAGAACGAGAGCGAAAAUGGCCUUCACCUGAUGUAGUCAAAAAAGUUGUUCAGGAGGGCUUCCAUUUAGUGGUUAAGCCUCCAAAGAAUGGUGGAAAUCCAGAAUGUAACUUCAGAAUUUCUUUUUCCCAUGCAGAAUUCCUGUUAAGUCAGGAGAUGAAUGAAGUCCAGCGCGGAUGUUACUGCUGCCUGAAAAAGUUUCAUCGAACCUAUCUUUCCAAAGAUCCAGAGGGUUUGGUGUCCUUUCAUUUGAAAACCCUACUUCUGUGGACAAUUGAAGAAACUGGUGCUGAAGUUUGGACUGAGGGUAACAGAGUGAAAUGCUUCAUGAAGCUCUCUAGAAACCUUUUGCAAGCUCUGACAAAAAAGGAAUUACCACAUUUCUUUGUGAGAUCUUACAACUUGUUAGGUGCAGAUUAUGUGGAUGAUCCCAAGAUUCUUGAAACAUUGGCAGGAAAAGUCAAGAAGAUGGUAGAGAAUCCAAUGCUUUCUGUCAAGGAGUUGAUGCAGAAGGUGCCAGAACUGGAAAAGGAGAAAAACACUUUAAGCACCAAACCAACUAUCCCUAUAAAGACAACUUCAGAACAAGGGAAUGCAGUGGAAAGGGAAGAAACUCCGCACAAUGACAGCCGAGUGGCUUUGACUCCUGUAAAGGAGGGUGCCUCUUGUUCAGUUGCAAGCUCAGGGCAAGGCUAUCUUUUUCACGAUCUGAAGGAGACAUACAUUGUCAUAACCCAAGAGUUAAUUAGUCUGGCUUUAACAGGUGAUGAUCAAACUAUUGAAGCCCUUGAACCUCUUGAAAGAGCCUUGGUAGGUGAUAUCAGAGAAAUGUUCAAUGGUGAGAAUGUUGAAAUUGUGCUGAUUAAUGACCUGUUUGAAAAGAUGUGGAACCUGCUUUACCCAAAGAUUUGGAUGAAUCCAGAACCAAACAUGAGGCACUGUAUGCUUGUUGCAAUCCAAGAACUACUCGAAGCGCUGGGGGAAGAUGACACUGAAUCAAAUGUAGAUUCCUUUACCUUGCACCACCUGAUUCCACCUGGCAUAAUGACUGAGAUGGUCAGUAGAUUAAUGAACAAAGUCAAUCUAAGUACAGCUAAAAUGGAUAAAGGAGACAUUCCACUGGACUGAAGUCAACUUUGAUGAUUAUGCACACAUCAAAUUGGACUUUGCUGUUACGUGUAACUUAUCAUACUGGCCUUAUGCAUUAAUGCUGGUUUUGAUCAUUUUCAAUAGCAACCACAUGGUUCCUUAGAUUUUGUGCUUUUAUAAUGAAUAUGACAAUUGAGCUUAAGUGAAAAUGAUGUAGGGAACAAUUAUUAAUUUAAUUAUUCUUCCUAAGAUGAUCACUGGUCAAAUUUUAGUUAGAAUAUGUUAGCACUGAUUUUUAGCUUCGAUUACACCAUUGUUACUAGCUGAGCUCUUGCGCACGAAGCGUGCCAGCGGAGCACCAUGGGUAAGAAAAUGAAGUAAUCUACCCAUUCGGGAAAAUUUGGUAAUCACAUGACUGUACAACCACCGACUGCCUGCCCGAGAUACCGUCCGUCCGCACCACAGACAUACCAAUGUAAAAUAACUCACAUCAACAGGUAUGGCAACCGAAAUGCCCUCCGGCGUCUUGUAAAGCAGAGACAACAAAAGGGCCAAUAAAGACGAAAAUGGAAAGUGGAAACUUUUUUUGUAUCCGUGUUGUCUAAAGUAUUAAGCUAAAUUAUCAUAUCCACAAAUUUGGAAUAAAGAGCAAGAGAAAGAUGGAGAAAAAGACAAAGAGGGCGGCAGGCCAGCGAAGCUCAACGAGAAAAAGGGCGACAGAGAUUUUAAAAAAAAGAAUUUUGUAGCGGCGGUGACAAAAUGAGAAAUGCUAGCGGCCACCAAAAAUGCAAAGUGAAAAUGAGCGGCAGUGGAAAAAAAGUGAAUGAGAACACGUACAACAUUUCCUCCACAAAACAUGUAAGUAAGAAGUUUCUGGAAGUUUCACGUUGUAGUCGUGCAAAACAACGGCAAAGAAAUGUACCAAAAAAGUGUGCUGCACGUGCAAAGUUGCUUUUUUGCUAAUUAGACCUAUUGUUGUUUUUCGCUGUUCUCCGGCAUUACAUGCCUGCGCCGCUUAGCAUUACUAUACAGUAUUUUAUAUUUUGUUUAAACAAACUAUUAAAAAAAAAUAUCGCAAGCUUCGCUUUUAGCCCCGGCUAAAUCUAUAUAUCAGAUGAGCAUUUCAAAGCUACUUCCUAAGAGGGCAAAUAUUAUUAUUCCUUUAAUUUUUAUAGAACUGUUCAUGUAUAUGCUUUGAGUUUAUAUAGUUGACAAAAGAUCUCUUUAUUACCCCAUAAUUUGAAAUUGCAACAAAAAGUGACAGAAGAUAACUACACAACUUCUAAAAUGAACACGUAUUUGGUCAUCAAAAGACACGUAUUAUUUUAACACUAAGCAGGGUAGGAAAAAUUAAACAAUUUUUUGACCUUCAACUUGAUCAUACCAUAUACUUGAGGCUAAUUGGUGAGAUUUUUAUCGGCAUCAAUAUUUGGAGCCUGGCACACGAUAAUAUUGUGCUUUGACACACGCUGUAGUACACAAACAUAUUUUUCUGGUGUAGUAUAUAUAUAUAGUUAAGUUCUAGAAUGCACAAUUAUAUAUUUGUG